UGUCUCUCUGCCUUACGAGCUCCUGGCAUGCAGUAGUUUGUUUUUCCCUGCUUCCAGUUAAGAGGCAGAGAGCUUGGUUUGCACACUGUUCUACCACUACGGAAUUACUCAACUCCAAGGGAGCCCAGGAAUCUGGGGCAAAGGGCCACCCCCCUCAUCCCUCCCCCCCCCUCUUUUUUGUCCCCGGGCCCCCCUUCAAAACCCCCUUCGUCGGAUGAGGAAACUAACCCAACUCGUCAGCGCCUUGGAAAAAAGAACAAGAUCUGAAGUUUUCAUCGGACCCCAUAUACCUGUCAACUGAACACUACUAAGAGCCGCCGACAAGACCAGAAUGAACAUCAGUUGAAGCUCGGGUACCAUCCUCUCAAUUCUACUGCAACGCGAAGAACACAAGAAUGUCCCACGUGCCUUUUGCUGUGGUUCUUCUCCUCAUCAGAUGUCUACUGUCCUCUUCUCUUGUGUUCCCGAAGGACUUAAGUCCUAUCAGAACCAUUGAUUCGGGAAGCACCAGAUCCUACCCAUUGUUUCGAGGACUGACCAGCGAUGAAAACGCAGUAAAUCUCGGCUUGGACUUCCAGAAGAUGAUCCGGCUCAACCAAACGUUAUUUGUUGCUGCAAGGGAAUAUGUGUACGCAAUCGAUCUGAAGAGGACUAAAGAUGCGAUCACAAGCGACAAGUAUAUCACAUGGAAGACGCAAAAUUUGGACAACUGUGCCGUGCGAGGAAAACCACUGGACGAAUGCUACAAUUAUAUUAAAGUUCUGGUAAUCAAGAAUGACCAAACUCUCAUCGCCUGCGGCACCAAUUCCUUCAACCCAACAUGCCGAAACUACAAGAUCAAAACCUUGGAGCAGGAAGGCGAAGAGUUUAACGGCCAAGCCCGGUGCCCUUUUGACGCCAAGCAAACCAACGUGGCCCUUUUUGCAGAUGGGAAUUUGUAUUCAGCCACGGUGGCCGACUUCCAAGCCAGCGACGCCGUCAUCUACCGAAGCCUGGGGGAGAAGAGCCCCGUUCUCCGCACCAUCAAAUACGACUCCAAAUGGCUUAGAGAACCCCAUUUUAUCCAUGCGGUGGAGUAUGGAAACUACGUGUAUUUCUUCUAUCGGGAGAUCUCGAUGGAAUAUACCACACUGGGCAAGGUGACCUUCUCUCGGGUGGCCAGAGUAUGCAAAAACGACAUGGGUGGCUCUCCUCGGGUCUUGGAGAAGUACUGGACCUCCUUUCUGAAAGCUCGACUCAACUGCUCUGUCCCAGGAGACUCCUUCUUCUACUUUGACGUCCUCCAGUCCAUGAGCGACAUCCUUACCAUCAACAACCGGCCGGCAGUCAUUGGAGUAUUCAGCACCCAGGCCAACAGCAUCACUGGCUCAGGAGUCUGUGCCUUCUACAUGGACGACAUCGAGAAGGUCUUCAAUGGAAAGUUUAAAGAGCAAAAGACCACUGAGUCGGCUUGGACCCCGAUCCCAGAAGACAAGGUUCCCGUGCCCAGGCCUGGUUGUUGUGCGGGGUUUGGCAACGCUGCCUCCUAUAAGGCCUCCAGUGAGUUCCCAGAUGAGACCCUCUCCUUCAUCAAAUCCUUCCCUCUUCUGGACGAGGCUGUGCCUUCUAUAACAGAGACACCAUGGUUUACCAAGACAACUAGCAGGUACAAAUUGACCCAAAUCGCUGCUGACACGUUGGCCGGCCCCUAUGGAAAUUACACGGUCUUGUUUCUUGGCUCAGAGGACGGGAAGGUGUUGAAGGUCUUGACCGGCACUACGGAGAACUCCACCGUGGAGACGGCUCUCUUAGAGGAGAUUAAUGUUUACAGCCAAGAUAGGUGUGGGGUGAGGGCGGAGGAUGGGAAGAUACUGGGGCUGCAGGUGGACCGUGAAAACCAUGCCUUGUUCGUCGCAUUCUCCAGCUGCAUCAUUCGGGUUCCUCUAAGUCGCUGCGAAACCUAUGGAACCUGUAGACGGAGCUGCCUGACCUCCAGAGACCCGUACUGCGUGUGGUUGAAAUCGGGGACCUGCGCCAACUUCCGGGGCGACCCAAGGGCCGGGGUUGAGCAGGAAGUUGAACAAACAAAACUUCGGGGCAACUGUCAAGAUCUCGUCACUGCAUCGGGGAGUCUUGAUGGCGAUGGAGACUCCGCUUACGGGAAAGUCCCGCUCAGUGGUGACAUCACCAUGUCCAAUGUUGCCUCCCUUGGGGAUGUGACUCUCCCAGGCGGGCGCGGCUACCCCCCGCCAGGUGUGACAUCAGACGGUUACUACCACCUUUCUGCCUGGCACACUCUUAGAACCCAGGGUGUGCGGCAGGAGGCUGCAGGCGAUGAGGACACCAAGACCGUCCAUUUCACGUUCCUCAUCGGGUGUGUCUUCGUAGCCUUUGUGGUAGGAUCCAUCUUUUCAGGCCUUUUUGUGUCCUGUUACUGCAACCACAUGUUUCAGAAGAACAAGCACAUUGGGAAGGACCCAGAAUCCAAUCUACAACGGCCUCUAUCUUUGAGAAGCCUGGCAAAGAUGAAUGGACUUUUAGACACCCAGUCAAAGGACGGAAUGGAAGCAACCUCACCGAAGCUCUACACCACCCUCCUGCAUGGAGACAAAGAGCAGCAAGCAGAAACAACCAAAGCUGGAUCAAAAGACCAUCCCGAACUAUCUGGUCUCCCCACUCCAGAAUCCACUCCAGAAUUGCCAAUGAAGAAUCUCAAAGCCUUCAAGAACCAAUGGGAAAGAAAUCAGAAUUGUAAUAAUGCCAAAGAAAUCCAAAGCAAAAGUCCGGUUUUCCAUUUUCCUGUCUCCAAUUCCCAGGUCUUUCAGUUUCCUAGCACAGUUGCCCUCCCGAGCAGCAUGCAUGGGUACGAUCAGCCUCUUUCUAGCUAUGCAGAUGAUAAGAAGAUACCCAACUCUGAAAGGGCUAUGAUCCGUCAUUCGCAGUGCUAUCUCCCCAAAGGGGUUGAAGUGACAACUCUAGAGGAACUUCUAAAACACCUUCCAGAAGGUGGUGGCUCACCGAGAAAAAUGUCUGGCAUGAUGGCUAUUAGCCCUCAAGCUGUCAGCCCUCAUUCACCCAUGUCAUUCAUGAACAGGGUCCAGCCCCAAAUUCCUGAAACUGAAAGCGCUCCUUAUUACAGCUCCUCAACUCUUCCGAGAGACAGUCUGCCCAGAAGAUUGGACAUCCCGCCAGAUGUCAAUCCUCAAUCCUGUCUGGAGAAACAGUCAAGGCACCCCUCUCAAAGACAUUCUCUAUCCUCUGGGCACAAACUCAUGAACAUAGGUCCAGGACCGCUGGUCUCCAGGCAACAUAGCCUGGGUCAAGGAACCAGACAACAUCCUCCACCACUUCUCACAAGGAUGCACUCUACAGGCACCCCAGUGCCAAUGGAUAGCCACAACAUCUAUCUCUCCCGCCAGCAUAGCUACACAGAGCAAACUCCAAUGCAGAGGGGUAUGGUGAAAAGGACCUUGUCCUUGAGACCAGAAGUAUCAUCUGCCCCUGUGUUUCUCCCAUCGUCCCCCAUAAAGGAUGCAAACCAGUUUCAGUAUUAAGACACGUAUUUGGCUGCUCUACCAACCAAAGGACACUUAAGACAACUCUAAACUCAGUUGACAAACUGUGAAAAACGAUGCUGUGAACUUUUUUGCCUUGGUGUUUUGAAACUUCCUAGAUCGCAGCAACAUACAACUAAUAUCUAUUGUUACGUCAUCUCCAGCAAAAUAUGAGUGUUGCGGAAAAAAAGGACUACAAUGUGUUGGGAAACAAUGAACAAAUCUAUGCCACCAACACAUUUUGGAACUGCCUUGUUCUAUGUUGGAGAACCCGUGAAAAGCAUUUUUCGAAGGCAGGUGACUUAAUGGUUAAAAUUAAAGUAUUCUACCUAACGUCGAAAGCCUUUACUGGGAGCAGAUGACGUCCUUCACAUGAUGACAUUCAGUGGCCUGCAGUCUACUAUGUGCCUGGAUACUAAAGAGUAAGCCCCAAUUUCUGGUAGAUGGUUGGGCAGCACUUAGUGAGGCACAUAAGCGAAGCAUAGAUCAUCCUUAAAAAAAAUGUAUUACUCCGAUAAACUGAACCUGUGUCCCUGAGCCCAAACAGACCCUGAAUGAAGAACGUGAAACUGGCUCUCAUGAACUCAAUGGCAAACUUGGUUGACAUGAAUGGAUACCUCAAGAGGAAUAGAUCAAAUGUAAAUUAAUUUAUAUAUACAUCUAUGUAUAUAUAGAAAGAUAUAUAUAUAUAUAUAUUUCACAAUCUAACUCCAUAUAAAAGGAGGUUUUUAAUUUACCCUACUGUGUAGGGGCAAGAAACUAACUUCUAUAUUAUUAAUUCUGAAAUGUAUGGACUGAAAAAAAAAAAGAUGAAGAUUUUUUUUUUUUUUAUUGAUGGUGCCUGAGCUAAUACACCCUUGUGACCCAUCCAACCAUGUGUAGGUAACAAAGACAGACCGCAGCACCAUCGUUUUCCCACCGCAUCAGUAUCGCAGCAAACUGACCCCCGUACUGGCUGUUCCCUAAAUCACCGGUGACUGGCUACAACUCAAUAUCAUUUGAGAUGAGGGUGACGUAGAACAGCCAACCUAUAAGCACUGUGUGCUUAAAGUGAAUGGGGUUGACUCUUUUUUUUCCUUGUUUGGACUAUGAAAGGUCGGAUAGAGGUGGCCAAGAUGGAGACACUCCUUGGCCUUGUGGCUUUGUCCCCAUUUUAAAUCCAAUUAGCUCAAUGGAUAGUCUGUGUACAUGUGUGCCUUAUUUCAACCUAGUAUUAUGAACAGUGAGAUUGUAGCAACACAAGUCUGUGAUUAUUUUGUCACUGAGGGGGGGUUCCUUUUUUUUCCCCACAAUGGUGCUUUUUAUCUUGUGGAGCAUCUCAGCUUUCCAAUGCGUGUACACUGUUGAGAUUUUGCUCCUUUGAGGUCGUAAUGGGCAGAUUGAGGAUGUUGGGUGCCUUGGGUUUCCCCCCGCCCCCCUACUUUGCUUUGGCUUGCUUCCCCAGUGCUUUAAAAGAUUAAAGACUGAUGACCUCCCCAACCCCAAGGCACUACCAACAAACCUAUCUGUGAACAAACUACUACAUCUUACUAACCUACACUGGUACUCCAAAGUAUACAUGGCUACACUGUAGGCCUCUUUGCCUUUUCCAUUGGCUCAUAUAACACUGCCACCCUUUGCUGUAUAAUUACGAAAAUACAAUUUUUCAUAAAUAUCUAGUCCUCGAA